UGGAAUGACUACGCCUAUCAGUGUGGAAAUCUUGCUUCCACCAGGAUUCCAGGGAACUGGAACAGGAGGACAAGGGUCUGGGCCUGGGACAAACAACAUGUUCCCUGGUGUGAACGCUCCCAUCAGCAUAGAGUUGAUUCAUCCAGGGUUCCCAGGAACAGGAGCAGGAGGACAAGGAGCUGGAACUGGUUAUAUAAAGUACUCUCUGCCCAAGGCUCCAGGUAGAAAGAGUGUGGAAAUUUAUUAUCCCUACGAUUUUGCUCAAGGAAAGGUGUUGCCACAACUCCCAAAUAUUUUCCCAUUUAAUUAUCCACCUCAAACCGUCCCUCAGCAGCAGCCACCAAGGCAUGCCGCUCCUACACAGGGCAACGGUCAGCCCUUGAUUUUCAACAAUCCUCCACAAACUGCCCCCCAGCAGCCACCCAGGACUGCUGCACCUCAGGCUAACAAUCCUCAACAGCAGAUUCAACAGGACAGACAAGUCCCAGCAGGCCAGCCAUAAAGAUGAGGAUGAAGCAUACCUGUUUUCAUGCUGCAGCUCUAAAGGAAAGAGAACUCCGUGCUACAUGAGCAGAGCUCAUAGUGUGUUGAAAUAUUUUAAUAGUAAGCUGUAAUUGCUGAAGCGUGCAUAACAUUCUUUUUUUUAUGACACACAUUUUUAAAUUGGGUCAUUCUAAAACAGGCUUUAAAAACUGAUAUUA